CUCUUUCAUACGGAAGCGAGACGCUGCAGCCAGUCAGCUGCUACCUGCGUGAGAAGAAUCAAAGUUCAGUUUGCUUUGGCUGUUUAUUUGUUGUGCAGAGACCACCAUGGCCACAUCUAAAUUAAUGAGAGCUGUCAGAGUGUCCGAGUUUGGUGGCUCUUCUGUUUUAAAGCUGUUCUCAGACCUGCCUGUGCCAAGUCCUGGCCAGAAACAGGUGCUAAUUCGAGUCCAUGCGUGUGGUGUAAACCCAGUGGAAACAUACAUCCGCUCUGGAACUUAUGCUCGGAAACCCAGUUUACCCUAUACACCAGGAUCAGAUGUCUCUGGUGUGGUUGAAGCUGUUGGUGAAGGUGUUUGCCUCCUACAGGCAGGUGACAGAGUCUUCACCACAGGCACAAUGACUGGAGGAUACGCUGAGUAUACGGUGGCCUCAGAGGACACUGUUCACAAGCUGCCCGAUUCCUUAGACUACAGUCAUGGUGCAGCAAUGGGAGUUCCGUAUUUCACUGCUUACCGGGCACUAGUUCACAAGGCCCAUGCCAAGCCAGGAGAGACGGUUCUUAUUCACGGAGCCAGCGGUGGGGUAGGCAUUGCAGCGUGUCAGAUCGCAAGAGCAUUUGGUCUUAAAGUCCUGGGUACAGCAGGUACUCCUGAAGGGAUGAAGCUGGUGCUCAGCAAUGGAGCUCAUCUUGCUUUCAACCACAGAGAAAAAGACUACUUGCAGAAAAUUAAGGAUACGACCAAUGGACUAGGCGUGAAUGUGAUCAUAGAGAUGUUGUCCAACGUCAACCUGAGUAAUGAUCUUCAGUUGCUUGAUGUCGGUGGCAGAGUAAUCAUUGUUGGCUCUAGAGGCCCUAUUGAGAUCAAUCCCAGAGAUACCAUGAUGAAAGAAUCCAGCGUCAUUGGUGUGGCUUUGCACUUUGCAACUAAGAGCGAAACCUCAGAGUGUGCUGCAGCUCUUUAUGCCGGAAUGGAGGCAGGCUGGUUGAAACCUGUCAUCGGUCCAAAAUACACACUUGAUAAAGUGGCCCAGGCUCAUGAAGACAUCAUCAACAGCCCUGGAGCCAGUGGAAAGAUGAUUCUGACCAUGUGAUGCUCUGUUCCAGUGUAUAACACAAAUGUAUUAUCUUUGCAUUAACUGCCAUAUCUGUACUUCAGUGGUACAAUUAGACCUGCACAAUAUAUCGAAAAAUUGUGAUUGCGAUAAUAGUAUAUACAAUAACAGCAUCGCAGAGAAGUAAAAGAAAUUAAAUUAAUUUUAUGUGCCAAGCAUUUGUGUGCUGCAUGAGCAUGUUGUUUAUUCAAUUCUGACCAAUCAGAUGGGAUCUAAUGCUGGGACACAAGAGAGGAUAACAGCCAUUGGAGUCUGAAAUUUGAGGUUUUUAGUCAUACGAUGGGUUUUGAAGUAUACAUGUUUUCUUUAUAGAUUUAAUUAGCUUAGAAGAAUCUAUUACCUGUUUAUUUUAGUAUGAUCAUUACAAUAAAUAAAUCAUUUUUAGUUAGUUAUGUCAUAAGAAUAUUGCAUAUUUUCCCAGUAUCGUGCAGCCCUAUUUAUAGUCAGCUGCAUCUUCUCUUUUUUUUGAAGUAAGAACCACAUACAGUAUUGUACAUAAAUCAAAUAAAGAGACCAUCACAUAAUCGAACAUUA